AUAGGCCAGAAAGAUAAGAGGAUAAUAGGUUCGAGUUGGGUUCCACUUUGAGUGUUUGAUUGGCUGCUGUUACGGAUACUCAACUCAGCAAAGAUCUUUGCUUGGUGCAGUAAAAUUUUCUACCUACUUUUGUUGUUGCAAGCAUCUUGAACACAGCACACGAAAAGCUUUCUACCAUUGGAACACAGGCGUAUACUACUUUUAAAUCAACAAUGUCGACAAAUAUGAACUUUGGUCCGGAAUGGAUGCGUGGUAACCUACCAAAGCGAUCCAAUGUCCUGGACUCAUCUCGCUCCAAUUCUCCAACAACACCCCUUGGAAAUGGACCCACAAAACUAGCAAGUAGUCAGCAUCCAACUAUUCAACGACAACACUCCAUCCUAGAUGGUCUUACUGUUCUUGAUCAAAACUCGGUGUUGACUCCACAAGCAGCAACAUCUGGCUAUACGCAAGAUGAUCAACAAGACAACCCAUUCAAAUAUUCCAAGGAAUAUAUGCUUAGUCUUUAUAAACCUUAUGCGCUUCCAGUAGAGAUCGAAAAGCAUGACUACGUUAUUGUUGAGGAGUGUCAGCAACCGCUUGCAAAAGUAGAGCUGACCGAGAGCGAGAAAAAGCUACUUUCCGGUCCAGUACAUUCAAAUGUGUCACGUAAACGAGCAGACAACGCUUCCGAGCAAAGUACGGAUGGAAGACCGUUGCGUAAUAAGGGUGAAUUUGUUAACAACCCGGCGAUCGAGAAAGAUGCCAACUCAUCUCGAUUUGGAUUAAAUCGCACUAGAGGUCGACAAACGGAUAGCAAUUCACCUGCAAGUACCGCUGAAGAACCACGGGAUGAUGCGUCUAUACUGAAAGCCAACCCACAACCUUUGGGACAACCUUCGUCACAAACCGAUGAUCGCAAUCGCGGCCGUGGAGAUCAACGCGGUUGGAAUGCUUUAGGAACAGCGCAGGAUCCAGCAUUCGAUGAAAGCUCUGUGCUUGGCGUCUUGGAUGAUACAAGGCUACCUUCUAGCGAUCUUUCUGCAAAUCUGUCUACCCCUCAUUACGGGCACUCCAAAUUUGAAGAUCCUUUGAGUAAUGUCUUUGACUCUCCUAGUUCUGGCUUCAAGGACACAUCUCAAUUAAGCGAUCGCUUCAAUUCCUUGGGUCUUGGAAAUCCAUCAUCGUUCAAUGGUGGUAUUGGAGCUGACCUUGGGAGCAAAAUUGAAUCCCCCCGUGCUUUUGGCUCACCUACCCCAUUAUCCGAUUUGAGGAAAGCCCCUGAAGAAUACCAAUGGUACUAUAGAGAUCCAACUGGAUUGGUCCAAGGUCCGUUUGGUGCUCAGGACAUGCAUGACUGGUUUAAGGCAGGCUUCUUCACUCAAACACUGUUGGUCAGAAGGGAAGACGAGAUUUCCUUCGAGCCACUUGCUGCUCUAGUACGUAAAAUUGGUGAUGACAAUAGACCUUUCCUUACACCGUACAAUCCCCACACUCCGUCGACUAGUCGAUCAGCAUUGGAUUUAGGUAUGCAACAGCAGUCUCGUAUGGAUGAUCCAUUUUCGCGUAGUCCAUUUGGCAUUCCUGAACCGUUUGACCUCACUGCUGACCAAGUCUCCAAUGCUGGCCAGAUGCCUUCUGCACCUGGAAUCGAACUGCAAAUGAAGAAGCCUAGUGGUUUCAACGGAUGGGGUUCUAAUCCUGGAACACCUUUAUUCAGUAACGCAGCGUGGGAUCCCAUUGUUUCUACUCCAACCAAGAACCUAGUCGAUGAUAGUUUUGAACGACGAUCUGCUGUGCAAUCGCCUGCCAUUUCUCCUCCUAGACAGUCAAAGUCCAUUGAAAGUUUAAAGAUGAUGGACUCCGAUAGCAGAGACGACGACAUUUUGUCAGCCCACGACGACUUGCAGCCCGAUAUGUCUAUUGUGGAUAAUAUUGAAUCAAUGACAAGCGAAGCUAUUGAACAACCUCCUCAAGAAACCUCCAUGGCUGAAGUUUCUACUCCAAUUCAUAAGCUGCCUUCUGUCAUUACUGCGCCGGUGGUCAAGCCAGUGUCAUUGCGAGAAAUUCAAGAAGAAGAAUUACGAAAGCAAAAGGAAUCUGCAAAGCUGCAACCUGCUAAGCCUGUUGCUAAAACGUCCGGUUGGGUUUCCCCCACUCCUUGGAGCCUAGGAGAUGAUACACCAAAAGGUCCUUCCUUGCGCGAAAUUCAAGAGAUGGAGGCUAGAGAAAUGGAAGCUCGUAAAGCUGUGGAGAAGCAAACCUCAGCUGCUCACUUUUCCCCAUCAUCUACUCUUGCUGCUCCUACCACUAUGUCUUGGGGAGUUGUAUCGCCUGGAAGAAACGCUGCACCUCCUGCCGCACCUACUGCCUCCAAUGCUGCUCCAUGGGCAUCCACCAAUGCACCUAAAAAGACUCUUCGCGAGAUACAGCUAGAGGAGGAAGAAGAGGCUAGAAAGCGAAGUGCCAAACUUGGUCAGCAACAAGCAGCUUCCUUGGCAGCAGCUGCAGCAGCAGCUGCUUCGUCCCCUAAUGCUUUCCAUAGCUCUGCUGCCAAUGGUCCUAGCAAAGGAUAUGCUGGUAUUGUCGGACACACCAGCACAAAGCCUGCCAGUCCGUCAUCUUGGACUACCGUUGCAUCCAACCGCUCAGCUACCAAGUCGCCCACAGUAUCAUCUUCUACUGCAUCCCGCUCUGCAUGGGACUCAGCCAAGCCUCCCCAAGCUAAAGUAUCCAGCGUACCUGCCGGCUCUACUAACGUUAUCAAGUCCGAUUCUAGUGAGAGAAAGGGUCCCAGUGAAGAGUUUUUCCGUUGGUGCCGUCAAGCUCUUAAGGGACUUGAUUCCAAUGUUGAUUGCGAGGAUUUCAUGCAAAUGCUUGUGGCGUUCCCUCUCGACAAUAGCUCCAUUGAGAUUAUCCAAGAUAUGAUCUAUGCCAACUCGACAUCUUUGGAUGGACGACGAUUUGCUGAUGAGUUUAUGAAGCGACGAAAGGCUGAUCUCGCAGGAAAGUUGACGGUUAGCGCCGUUCUUCCUAGUGAUGAGGACGCAAAUGCUUUCAAAGUAGUAUCAAAGAAGAAGAAGUUCGUCAAGGCUUAAAUUUCAUCAAUCGAAUGUAAAACAUAAUGAACAACGCAUCUAUCAAUCGACUGCAAUAGCAUAAACCGCAAGUAAUAAAUUCUCUUUUACCAAAUCAUGGCGAUUGCAAAGUACUCAAUAUAUUUGAAUCAUAAUGUGUGAUGAAUACUAGUGUCAUGGAAGGUAAGGAACUUCGACACAGCGCGAAUCAAAAGCGGACCACAUAAUCUCAGAUUGUUGCAUAGUUCCCAACUUUUAAUUCAACAUAACGAAGCCGUUAGUUGUAAACUAGUAUCAGUUUUCCUUCCUACGUCACAUAGUAUGGUAUUAGAAUCGUGAUAUUGGGAAUUUCAGUGCCUUUUUAAUUUCGCGAAAAGAGCACAAGUGAUAUCAAAUAAAAG